AAAAAAAAAAACUAUAUAUACAAACUCCAUGUGUGUGUUUUUCUGUAUGUAUCUUUCACAAGAGAAAUAGGUAAAAGAAUAAAAUGUUAAAGAUUUUUAUAAAACCAUAAAUCAUUUUUGCUUUGAAACAAGCAGAUGUCAGUAACGGGGAUACUGCAUUUACUUGAGACCCAUCUGUCAACAGGUACUUCAUCAUAGACCCAUUUUGGAGGCUAAUGAUAUAAUGUCAUCUUAUUUUUACAUAAGAUACUUUUACAACCAUCAGUUCUUUUUUUUGUUUUGUUUUGUUUUGUUUUUUGUUUGUUUUGUUUUGUUUUGUUUUCUGACAGGCAGAGUGGAUAGUGAGAGAAAGAGAGAAAGGUCUUCCUUUUGCCGUUGAUUCACCCUCCAAUGGCCGCCACGGCUGGUGCUCCACGCUGAUCUGAAGUCAGGAGCCAGGUGCUUCUCCUGGUCUCCCAUGGGGUGCAGGGCCCAAGCACCUGGGCCAUCCUCCACUGCACUCCCUGGCCACAGCAGAGAGCUGGCCUGGAAGAGGGGCAACCGGGACAGAAUCCGGCACCCUGACCAGGACUAGAACCCGGUGUGCCGGUGCCACUAGGUGGAGGAUUAGGCUAGUGAGCCACGGCGCCAGCCCAACCAUCAGUUCUUAAUAUUGUUUAAUGUGUAUUAGCAAAUAUAUUCUUAAACAUAAUUUCCAAAUGCUACACUUUGAUAUCCAGAUUCUCAUUUUGGUAGAUAUUGUAGUACAUUCAAAGAAAACUCUGAAUGAAUGCAAAUUUUACAAUUAUUCAAAUAUCAUAUAUAACUUUUAUUGUUCAUGUACAAAUUCUUCCUAUUUCCUGCAACUUGUUCUGAUUUCCUCAACAGGACUUCAGAGUAUCUUUUGUGGAAUUAACAAAGUCAAAAGCUGGUCAGAAUUUCAUGUUCUCAAUCUUUAUUUUUUAAAAAUUUAUUUUAUUUAUUUGAAAGACAGAGUUACAGAGAGAGGUAGAGACAGAUAGAGUGGUCUUCCAUCUGCUGGUUCACUCCCUAGAUGGCCACAAUUGCUGGAGCUGCACUGAUCAGAAGCCAGGAUCCUGGAGCUUCUUCCGGGUCUCCCACGUGGGUUCAGGGGCCCAAGGACUUGAGCCGUCUUCUACUGCUUUCCCAGGCCAUAGCAGAGAGCUGGAUUGGAAGAGGAGCAGCCAGGACUAGAACUGGCACCCAUAUGGGAUGCCAGUGCUUCAGGCCAGGUCUUUAACCCGCUGUGCCACAGUGCUGGCCCCUCAAACUGACUUUUAAUGUAGUUACAUUAAUUCCUUGGGUUGUAAAUCUUCUGUUUCAUCUAAAUCAAGAUCAAAAUCUAAAUAAUUAUCACUUUCUUAUUUCUUCUGCAGUUUUCUCUACAGUUGGAACUUGGAUUAUUGUCUUUGUAACUUUUCAGGUUCUUUGUUAAACAGAAUAACAAUGUCUUCUUUCUUUCCACAUUUUGCACAUAUAGUCACAUAAUCUACACAUUAUAUAAUAAGAAUUUUUCACGGACCUUUGUAAAUAUCUAGCACAUUUUUUAGGUUUCACUAAUGGUUUGUAUUUGCUGCAUUUUACAUGCCAUUCAAGAAAUUUACAGCACUGACAACACUCCCUCGUGAAGUUUUACAUGAAUAUUUUUGGUCUGAACACUCUUAGCAAAUUUGUCAUUUCUGAAGCUAUACAUAUUUUGGUUCUUCUGAGGCCUUCCUGGAGCUCUUCACAGAAACCACACCAUCUUAGCCCAGGCACAGUGAAAAAACCUUUUGUCCAUGUUCUAUUUUCUGUGAUGACCAGGGACUUCCAAUGUUAAAGAGGCUUUGGAAAAAUAAAAAUAAUUAAAUAUUCUCACUUUGUAUUUAUUCAGGUUAUAUUCUGUCAUAGUCAAGAGGUUUCCAAUCAAAGGGGCUAUUAUAGCUUCCUAACUAAUUGAUUCUUUUAUCAUUAUAUUAUGACCUUCUUUGUUUCCUGUGAGUUUUGAUUUAGUCUAUUUUGGUUAUAGUUUGCAUGGUUGUAUUUUUCAAACCCUUCACUUUUAGUGUUUGUGUGUCCUCAAAGCUAAAGUAAGUAUUUUUUAGGGAAUAUGUGGUUGUAUCUUGUCCUUUUUUUUUGGAUUUGGUUUGUUUUUUGAUUUUUUAAAAAAGAUUUAUUUAUUUAUUUCAAAGUCAGAGUUACACAGAGAGAGAAGAGGCAGAGAGAGAGAGAAGAGGCAGAGAGAGAGAGAGAGAGAGAGAAAGACGUCUUCUAUCUGAUGGUUCACUCCCCAGUUGGCCACAACAGCCAGAGCUGCGCCAGUCUGAAGCCAGGAGCCAGGAGCUUCCUCUGGGUCUCCCACGCAGGUGCAGGGGCCCAAGGACUUGAGCCAUCUUCUACUGUUUUCCCAGGCCACGGCAGAGAGCUGGAUCGGAAGUGGAGCAGCCAGGUCUUGAACUGGCACCCAUAUGGGAUCUGUUGCCUCAGGCCAGGGUGUUAACCCCUGUGCCACAAUGCCAGCCCUUGAUUUUUGAUUUUUAUCUGUUCAGUUUUCUAUGUCUUUGGAUUAGGAAAUUUAAUCCAUUAACAGUUAUUGGUAAGUGAAGACUGCUUAUUGCUAUUUUCUACUUCCUUUGUUCUUUUUUACUGUCUUCUUUUUUUAUUUGAUAAUUUUUGUAAUAAUAAGCUUUAAUUCCUUUCUCUUUUUAUUUUGUGUAUCAAAGAUUUUUAAAUUGGCCGGCACCGCAGCUCAAUGGGCUAAUCCUCUGCCUGCGGCGCCAGCACACCAGGUUUUAGACCCGGUCGGGGCGCCAGAUCCUGUCCCGGUUGCUCCUCUUCGAGUCCAGCUCUCUGCUGUGGCCCGGGAGGGCAGUGGAGGAUGACCCAAGUCCUUGGGCCCUGCACCUGCAGGGUAGACCAGGAGAGGCACCUGGCUCCUGGCUUCGGAUCAGCGUGGUGUGCUGGCCGCAACGCGCAGGCCGCGGAGGCCACUGGCGGGUGAACCAACAGAAAAGGAAGACCUUUCUCUCUGUCUCUCUCUCUCUCACUGUCCACUCUGCCUGUCAAAAUAAAUAAAUAAAUAAAAUUUAGAAAAAAAAGAUUUUUUAAAUUAAUAUCUAUCAUGAGGCUUACAUUGUAAACAUUUAACAGUCUUCUUUAAGCUAACAAUUUAAAUUUUAUUCCGUAUUAAAACUCUACACGUCUACUCCCAUCUCACACAUUUCAUGUUACUGAUGUCACAAUUUACUUAUUUUUAAAAUUUAUUUAUUUGACAGGUAGAGUUAUAGACAGUGAGAGAGAAAGAAAGGUCUUCCUUCUGUUGGUUCACUCCCCAAAUGGCCACUAUGGCUGGCGCUGGGCUGAUCUGAAGCCAGGAGACCAGGCUUCUUCCUGGUCUCCCACAUAGGUGCAGGGGCCCAAACACUUGGGCCAUCCUCCACUGCCCUCCCAAGCCACAGCAGAGAGCUGGACUGGAAGAUGAGCGACCAGGACUAGAACCUGGCACUCAUAUGGGAUGCCGGCGCAUCAGGCAGAGAAUUAACCAAGUGAGCCACGGUGCUGGCCCACACAAUUUACAUAUUUUUAAUUAUGUGUAUCUAUUAACAAAUGAUUAGAGUUAUUUUUAAUGUUUUUCCUAGAGUUGAGAGUGAUUUACACACUCCCACUAUAGCAUUAGAGCUUUUCAGUAUUUAGCUAGGUAUUUACCUUUACCAGGAAGUUUUAUACUUUCUUAUGUUUUCAUACUGUUAAUUAGCAUUCUUUCAUUUCAGCUUAAAGUACUCCCUUUGGCAACUCUUGUAAAGUAGGUCAAAUGCUGAUGAAUUCCAUCAACUUGUAUUUGGUAAAGUUUUCAUCUCUCCUUCAUUUCUUUCUUUUUUUUUUUUUUAACGAUUUAUUUAUUUACUUGAAAGUCAGAGUUACACAGAGAGAGGAGAUGCAGAGAGAGAGAGGUCUUCCAUCCACUGGUUCAUUCUCCAAUUGGCCACAACAGCAGGAGCUGCGCCAAUCCAAAGCCAGGAGCCAGGAGCUUCCUCUGAGUCUUCCCACCCGGGUGCAGCUGCCCAAGGACUUGGGCCAUCUUUUACUGUUUUCGCAGCCCAUAAGAGAGCUGGAUUGGAAGUGGAGCAGCUGGGACUUGAACUGGCACUCAUAUGGGAUGCCAGCACUGCAGGCAGCAGCUUUACAUGCUACGCAUAGCACCAGCCCCUCCUUUAUUUAUGAAGGACAGGUUUACUGGAUAUAAUAUUCAUGGUUGGCAGUUUUCUCUAUAAGCUUUUGAAUAAUCAAGUAUCAUCCUAUUCUCUCCUGGUCUGUGAGGUUUCUGCUGAGAAAUCCACUGAUAGUCUUUUACAGACUCCCGUAAAUGUGACAAGUUGCUUUCCUCUUGCUAUUUUCAAAACUGCCUCUGACUUUUGCAAUUUAAUUAUAAUAUAAUGGUAGAUCUCUUUACAUUUAAUAUAUUUGGGGUUGUUUAGGUUUCAUGAAUCUAGAUGUUCAUUCCCCACCUCAGAUUUAGUAUCUGCCAUUAUCUUUUAAAAAUAGGCUUCCUACCCCUUUCUCUCUCUCUUCUCCUGCUAACACUGUCAUAAUGCAUUUUUGGUUCACUUAGUGGAAUCUUGUAUGUCCCUUGGUCCUUCUUUACUCUUUUGUAUUUUUUCAUUUUACCCUCUGUAUGUACAGUUUCUUUUUUUUUUUAACUUUUAUUUAAUGAAUAUAAAUUUCCAAAGUACAGCUUAUGGAUUACAAUGGCUUGUAUGUACAGUUUCAAAUUACGUGUGUUCAAGAUCAUCGAUUCCUUUUCCUGCUUGAUCAAGUCUGCAUUUGAACCCCUCUAGUAAGUUUUUCUGUUCAGCUUUUGUAUUCUUCAGCUCCGGUACUUCUGUUUAAUUCUUUUCAGUUGGCUCUAUCUCUUUAUUUAACUUCUAAUUUUAUUCAUGUAGAAUAACCCGUGUGUGUGUGUGUGUGUGUGUGUGUUUACUGUCUCUGUUCUCUUGUAACUUGCUGAACUUUUUUUAAGACAAUUACUUUGAAUUCUUUGUCAGUUUGCCCAUUUCUAAUUCUUUCAGGUUGGUUACUGGAAAUUUGUCUUCUUCCUUUGAUUGUGUCAUGUCUUAUUUACUCUUUGAUUGUGUCAUAUCUUGUUGAUUCUUCCUGUUCCUUGUAGGUUUGUUUUGUGAAUUUUGCAUCUGAAGCAACAGCUGCCUCUCUCUGACUUUAUGGACUGGCUUUCACUGGGAGAACUUCACCCAGUAAGCAGUGCUCACUAUGAGUCAAGAUAGAGAUGAUCGCUUUGGGGAGCCCAUUCUAAAGCUGGGGGCAGAACCCCUUUUACUUCUUUCAUUUCCUUCUAGAGGAAUAGCCACAGCUCUGUGAUUUUUUUUCCCAAUCCCUCAAGAAGUGCCAGCAACAAAGGGACACCUUCCCCUUUUCUUUGUUCUAACUGUCCCAUGGGACUGACUUCUGUUGGUAAUUCAGGACUAAGCGUGAGGCAAGAUGCUAUCCCGCCUCAGGGAAGAUAUUCUUAUACUCUGUAAAUAAGCUUCCUUCCCUUUGUCAUGGAGGGAAAACCUCAUCUCUACACCUAUUCCAAAUCUUGCAGAGCAGCUCCAGCCAAAGCAAGUUGCUCUCCUUUCUCUUUUAUUUCUAGCUGUGCUGGAGGACGAGGCUGUGUAGGCUCCGUGCUCUGCAUGAAGUAACAUACAAGGGUUCCCUGAGAGGUCAGUAGCUCAGGUAGCCAAGCACACACCUGAAGAGCAUGUUUGGACUCAUGGGAGAAAUCGUGGGCCAAAGCAAUCCUCUCAGUACUGAGCUACGCAGUUUUUGGGAGGUACUGACAUAGCUGUAGUGAAGUGGUUCUUCUUAGUCAUUUAAAUGCAACUUCUCUCAGUUUGUGCUCCUCUAGGGUGCUAUACUUUGCUAGAUUUGAAUUCCUUUUCCAAGUAUUUUAGUUCCAGUAUUGUUGCUUUAUCAGUAUUUCUGUGGAGGACUGAGAAGGUUUUCCAUUCUCCAUGUUGCUGACUUCACCCCUAUUAUUUGUUUUUAAGACCUUAAUUAUACCUGAGAAAUAUGCCAGUGGACUGGCCAAUAGGCACAAUAUUAAGAUGUGCAACCUCAGUAAAUUGGCAUUUCUAACAUACUUGUGGUCUAUAUCCAUUUAAUUAAGUUUACAUGUUACUCAAGGCAUUAGCCUCCUUGGUUAGAUUAGAAUACUUCAGAUUACUGAAGCUGAAUAGUGCUUCUUAUUUUGACAGAAUAUCUAUUUUGUUUAAUUGAUAAGUUUCCAGCUGUCAAUCCUAAAGCACCUUCUCUAAAGACUUGUAAUAUUAAUAUUGGAGUAGGACAAGUUACUUAAUUUAUCUGGGGAUUAUCACUAUUGUCUGAAAAGUGAAGCAACUGGAUUUAACCUGUUCUCCAGUUACCAUCAACUGUAAAAUUGUAUGAUCUCAUUUUUCAGUUUAACAGAUGUCAAUGAAGGGAAUACUCACAUGAUAUAAACCAAUGAUGUAGAACUGGUAUAUACACAAAUGAAUUAUGUGAUUAUUGUGGACAAAUGGCUGAUAAUUUGAUGUAUUCAAGAUUGAGCUGUAUAUUGUGCAACACUUCCUAGCUCCUUGUUUUUGGCAUGUCACUUAUGGAUGAGGGUAUAUGACUAAUUUCAAAAGGGUAGGAAAUUCAUUGUUUGUUUAUAUUUUUCAUCUCUAGGGUUAGAGAACCAAAAAUAGGGUCUGAACUAUAUUUUAAUAGCAUGCAUUUGUCCCUCACCUUCCUUACAAAGAAUUUAAAACAUUCUAGACCCAUUGUAUCAAUCGUCUCUGAAGUACCAAUGCAGGUAAAAAAUAAUAAAUGUACUUAUUCACAUUUUAGUGAUUAGAAAACUGGAUCUUCAAUCUUCUGGAUUUAUAUCUAAGGAGCCACUGAGUGAAAACAGGUCAAUAUCUAGGAUCUCUGCCUCCAAGACUCCACAGUCUUUUGUGUGUUAUAGUUUUUCUUAGUAGGUUCUGCAGUGCCUGAUUGCUACAUCAUCUUCCACACCUGAUCCUUCCUCAUUCCCUAUCCGAACAGUAGCUUAGGCAUUGCUGAUUUCAAAUGUAUCAACAGGGAAAAAAACCAGUACAGUGAAAGAAUGGAAUGUGUACAGCAACAGAUGAACUGCACAAUCUGAUACAGUGAUAUCAUGUUUCAGUCUUUGGUUUGCAUUAAAAUCAGAAGUGAAGAAAAGUUGGAGACUCCUCCAUCAGUCUAAUCCAUAAACAUUUGACUAUAGGCCCAACAGCCAUAAGCAAGCAUGCACUUUUGCUAGGUGAGAACUUCAUUCUAAUCAUGGCAUCCUGGAAUCUCUGCAUUAGUUUUAGGUGUCAUUAGAAUUUUCAUAACCUGUCUUUGAGAAGAGCCAGGGGAAGAAAAUGUGCACUCCUUUUCACUACUCAAAAUAUGUGAUUAUAUUUCCUUCUUUACCUAAGUCUUCCUAGGUAGUAAAAAAGUCAUAUCCAUGUUUGAACUCAAGGUUUCCUUAGUCAAAAAAUUUGCAUCUGGAGCCUAGGAAAAUGUUUGUCCUGCACAGUUUAAUGUUUAAACAGGUGCACACUGUGCUGGUCUGGCUGAGGAAAGGUGGUCCCCUCCUUUUGGAAACCCUGACAUUAAGAGAAUGAUUUUAGUGCCAGCUUUCAGGAGUGCGUGUGAAGGAAAGUUCAGGUGAUUCUCAUUACCUGGUUUCCAACCCACUUACCUCCCUUGCAUUCUGUGUUCUCAUGAAGAAAUUGAUUUAAUAGGUUCAAGAUAUUAUUAAAUACAUUCUGCAUUAAUAUUAUAUGUCCUCUUUGAAUCCAAGUGGCAAUACAAUAGAAUUUCAUUUUAUAAAUAACACCUUUCAAGCUAACACCACAGGGCACAGUACAAAAGAAUCAAAAUAGAACACAAAUGCUGUAAUCAAAUGCAGACCCCAGGAAGGCUGAUUAAAAAGGCAUGCUGCUAGUAAGAGCAGCCAACAGGGUAAGUAUAGGGGGUCAUAGCAGAAAAGCCAGCUGAACAGAAGGGCUAACUAAAAUAAAAUGGACUCACCUGCCUGAUUCGCAGAGACAUAUAACGCCCCUUUGUCAUGGACUCCUUUCAGGUUUAGGGAUUGAGGGGGAGAGGCAAGUGUGUCUUGAAGGUGGGGCUCAAAUGUGAGGUCAUUAAGUUCACCCUCAAGACUCACACAUGACACCAAUGGCAAUCUGGAAGGGCCCACAGCAUGACUGUGAGACAACUCAACAAGGCUCCACAACUGGGAGGAAACAAGUAGAUCUUUGCCAUGGUGCUGAGAACAGAUAGACAUGUUCCCGGCCAGGCAUAGCUCAAAUGGAUGAAAGGGUGAGACAGGUGUUUUGUGGUCUUAGCCUCAUGGUAGUGGGCUCUCAGUUGGACUCUCAUGUUACCCAAUUAGUUUUUGUGCUCUCAGCUUCUCACAGCCACAACUUGUGUCUAAUGUCAGGGAAUGUGCUUUUAAACUCCAUCUCUAAUUAUAGAAUUAAAAUUUUAUGACUUUUCUUCAUGGAGUUAAGGAAUUGAACACGAGAAGGGGGAGUGUUUUGGAGUGUACCUCCCACCUAUGUGUAAAACGAGUUUUACAGUGAUCACCGCAUUAUCUUGAGUAAUGUGUAUAAUUGGUCAUCCACUGAUGCUUCUUUGUUUAAUACUGAGGGUAGAACAAUGCAGGAAAGGAAUCAUAGAAAAAAUUCACUACUAAUAUAUGAUAAUUGUAUUAUCUGAAAAAUAGUAGCCUAUAGUUUUAAUAGCCACCAAAGUCCUCUGGUUGGUGUCCUGGAGCAAGCAAACACAAAUUCUAGAGUCAAUUGAAAAGAAAAGGAGAGAGAAAGGAAAAAAUUAUAAUUGUAGCAUUUUUUUUAACUUCUCCUGAAGCUUUGGUUGUUUGUCAUGACUCUCCUGAUUAUACACUUAGUUGAAAUUCUGGACUGGGAUCACUGGGUAUAUAAAUUUAGGCCAAUAACUUAGUAUUUCUGUACAUGUUUUUCUUACAUAAAUUAUAAUCAUUUAAGUCAAACAUGUGGGCAGCACUUAUGGGAAAAGGUUAUUUUCAAAUUCUGGUACUGUGACUUUUUAAAUAGUCUUUUAUAGGCUUGUAUAUAAUAGGAUCCUCUUUUCCUUAAUUCUGAUAGCAUUUAUUUAGCUAUACAAAGAGAGUGAUUUAUCAGUGAAGGUGAAUAGGAGUGGAGUAAGUUGAGAAAACUGGAUUACAAUCUUCAAACCGAGUUAUUUCAUAAGUCAUUUGAGCAAAUAAUCUUAUCAAUGCAUUGCCUCUCAGAUCUAAAUUUACCCUUUCUUACCUGCUCUACAAAAGCGUAUCAGGGUCCUUUAAAUGUUUUUCCUUCACUAACAGGUAAAGGGUCAUUUGUCAGUAGAGAGAUAUUGCAGAAGGAAGAGGUUUUUCAUCCUGGUUGCAACGUGCUCCUUUGCAAUAUGCAUGAUUUCUAUAGAGCCUGGCUUCUGCUGUGUGGGCAAACUGCCCAGCAUCCAGCUCCUGCAGCACACACAGCUGCCCCGGUGCCCAGCAGCUAAAGCCCAGAUAGCAUCUCAAAGCCUGGCAACCAGGAGCUUCCCCAAGCACCCAAUACCCACAUGCACACACACACAGGCACAUAUACACACACAAAGAAAACCUCAGACAGUUUGUAGUAGGGUCCCUCAGUUGAGACACCUCCUUACAGAUAGCUUUCUCUGGCACCCUAGAGAGCAAAGUGCCAAAAGUUGCAACUCUGCAACAACCUCUCUGCUAUUCAAUUAGUUUUGGCUGUGGCUUCUCCAACAGGGUCCAAAUCCCAGUCCUGGGUAGAAGGAUCUCUUCCUGUGUCCAACAGUGUCUGGAUCCUGGCCCGAGAUGGGAGGAUGCUUUCUGGUAUCCUGUAAGGCCUGGCUUUCUGUCCAAGGGCAGAGAGGAUCCUUCUUAGGCCAACUAGCUCAGCCCUGCAAGUAUGCUUGCUCCUUAUAUUUAUUGUUCUUGUAUUCUUUAGUGCUACCUUUACUCCUUACUAGCUACUCCCCACUAAUUUGGAUUGUCUGUUAUUCCUAAUAAUUCCUUAAACUUUUUUGUUGAAAUUGCUAUGUACUUUCUCUCUCCUAAUGGACCUUGACUGAUGCAUACCCAAGGAAUAUUAAAAUAAUCUUUAUACUUUGGGAGUAGGGGAAAGUAAAUUUUAUGUCACCUCUUGGGGCUGGUGCUGUGGCAUAGUGAGUAAAGCUGCAGCCUGCAGUGCCAGCAGCCCAUAUGGGUACCAAUUUGAGUCCCAGCUGCUCCACUUCCAAUCCAGCUCUCUGCUAUGGCCUGGGAAAGCAGAAGAUGGCCCAAGUGCUUGGACCCCUGCACCCACUUGGGAGACCUGGAAGAAGCUCCAGACUCCUGGUUUGGAAUAGACCCAGCUCCGGCCGUUGCAGUCAUCUGGGGAGUGAACCAGCAGAUGGAAAAUAUCUCUCUCUCUCUCUCUCUCUCGCUCUCGCUCUCUGCCUCUGCCACUCUGUGACUCUGCCUUUGAAAUAAAUAAAUAAAUCUUAAAAAAUAAAUAAGUCACCUCUUUCUAGCACAGGUCAUCAUUGAGACAACAACAUGACUUAUCUAGGGCUGGAUAUUAGAUGAGCAAAACACUUUGAGAAUUACAUGCUAGAUUGAAAGUUGGCAUAAUAAUAUGAUGUAAUAUGCUAUUCUAACUAUAUGUACAGUCAUAAAGAUCAGUUUUUUAAAAUAUACUUGAUUUCACUGAGAAUUUAAUAAAAUAUAAACUAUAAUAAAGCAAAGAAUAAGUCUGGAUUCAAAAAUAAUUUGUUAAAAUAUUGUGAUAUAAUAAAUUCAUGUGAAUUUGUAAUUGUUAACACUAGGAUAAUAAUGAUACUGUCACUUUUUUGAACAGAACUUUGCAUCAUUCAUUGAAACUAUAUAGCCAGAGAAGUGGAUUGUAUUAUUAUCCUUGUUUUACGAAUGCAAAAAGAGAGACUUGGGAAGGUUAGGCAACCAAUUUAAGAUGAUACAUCUAGUAAAUUUCAGAGCCAAAAUUUCAACCUAGAUCCCCCUGUGGGCCCUGAAUUUUAACUACAGCACUCUGCAAACAGAAAAUGAAGCAAGUGGCAGGUUACCUAUGAGAGUAUGCAUCAAAUACUUGUUAUGGUUGUUUUCAUCAAAGACCCAAAAAAAGAAAGUGAUGUAUCCCAGAGACAUUUCUGAGACAGCCAACCUAUUACUUUUGCUUAACAAGAUAUGGACAAAUUGGGUGAACACUGGUGAUCAAAUUCCCAGAACCAAAGUGUUAACAGUGUAUCAGAAGCCCAGCAGCCUUUAUUCAGAGCUGAAUCGAAGGCAGAUGAAAUAUUAACAGCAGUUCUAGCAGCGCAAAAUGAAAUAUGAGAUCCUGUAUCAGAAAUUAUUAGUAACCUGUUAAAAGAAAUGCUGAAAAAUGGCAGUUACCAAAUUAAAACUGGGAAACAGAACCCAAAUGGGAAAUUUCAAAAAGUUUGGAGGAAAAUAAAUGACAGAUUGUCCUCUUGGCUCUUAUUACUAUGCCAUCCUAAAUCCUACUUGGCAAUGGAUAGUGGAGGUGAAAUAAGAACUGCAUCACUGCCAGUGCUGGUCCUCAAAUUUGUAGUCCUAAGUGUCUGUGAUGGUGUCUGGGAUUGAUUGGAAAAGUAGCUGGAAGUUGAUAGUAUUUUAGCUUUAUCUAAAUUGAAGAGUCUAGAGACUCUUAUUAUGAAAGGCUUCCUCUCAUUUGUGAAUUGGCCCCUUUGCUCCACUUUUGGAUGGCUGGCUUCCUCCAUGCCGAGCUACACUGAAUGUUCUACUGUGGGAAAGCUAUUCUCCUUAAAUGUCUUCAAUUUAAAGCAUCUAACUGGAUGUGUUAGUGUUUGUGACUCAAAAUAUCUAGCACCAAAAAGAGAAAGAGAGAGGAUACAAAUACCAAAUACUGGGUAGUAAAUGAAGGAGAGAUUUUUCCAUCAGUAACUGAAAGCAAAGAAAUUACUAUAAGCAAAGUUGUUGAGCAGUUAGUGCCAGAAGAGGGGGGAAAAAAGGAAAUGAGCUAUAGAACCAUAGAGUCUUAGUGUUGGCAGAGACUCUGGAGUUCAUGCAGACCUACCCUAUCAUUUUUCAAUGAAGAGACUGAGACAUGGGGAGUUAAGGGAAUUGACUUGCCCAAGACACAUAGUUGUUUACUGACAGUCAUGCCAAAAACAUUUCCCAACUCCCAGUCCGGAACUUUGUAAUUCAGCAUGCUACUAUCAUCUUCUACUGAAAAUUAACACUAACCCAGCCUGGAAUGUAGAAUAUUUCAGUAUCUGUGGCGAGCAAGAAAAAGGAUAAAUUUCAAGGUGGAAAUCAGUCUGGGAGAAAGGAAAAGGAAACAAAUGAUUUUUUUACUGUGACUCAUUGGUCAAGCCUUUGUAAGACGUUUUAUGUCGGUUUACCCCCUUGGUUCUUCCCACAAAAUAAAAUAGAAGGUUUCCAUUUAUAAGUUCAGGUUUAAUUUGCUUGGAGAAUUCUCCUGCAUGCAGAUUAUCUCCAGGUUAAGACUGGAGAUAAUUGGUUUGCAGAUGGCAUUGCUGCUGAUCCUCAUUAUUCACUUGAGCCUGAUUUUCUUUCUCUGGCAGUGAAAUGUAUUUCAGGCCUAGUGUAGGGAAUCCUCUCCAUGGACACUCCCAACUGAGAUCACAAGUUUAUUUAAGAUGUAAAAUAUAUCUUCUAUUCACCCUUGUAUUCUUUCAACCUCCUGGAAAACCGGGACCAAAUAUGGACAUUGAAUCAGGCUAAUGAGUUAAGUGAGAUAAUUUUCUUUUUGGAGUAGUGAAGAGUAAUUUAAAGUAAACAAGUAGCAAAGAAAAUACAAUAAAAAUGUUUCAACAGGAUCUCCUGUGAAAUAGCAAUAUACAGGACUUUUAGACCAAAUAUUUUUUCAGAAUAGAGUAACCAGAAAUGGGAGGAUCUGACAAUAUGAUGAAAACUACAGAUGGAAUGCCUUGCAUGAAAAGUGAUUAAAUACAAGAAAAGGCUCAGGAGUGGGUAGGAGCCGACUUGGAAUGGAGGAGGGAGCUGAAAGAAGAGCAGAUAAUGCUUGACCAGGUCUAGUAACUAUUCCCUGCCACAACCACUGUUCCAUGAAGAGACUGAGCCAAGAGGCCUGAAUAAACUACCCUUAAGUUCAGAGAUGCCAUUAUUGUGGGAGGCAUCAGGGAGAGCAUAUCCGGAUUUGUGUUACACAGUAAUCAUUGCUGGGUGACAGCAUUCAUCAGCCAGAUGGUCAGACCCACAAUUAAUCAAUUAGGCUGGGAUGAUCAACUGGACGAAGUUUCCCCCUUUGGUAAAAACCUUCAUCAUGCGGUCAAGGCCAGUAGCUCUUUUAUCCUGUUGCUUUUGGAGAAGCUUCUAAAACAUUCCUCUCUUCUUCUUUAGGCCUCUAGUUACAGGACAGUUAGACUCUCAGCUUUGACAACAUAGAUACUCCAAAUCAAGGUUUUCACAUAAUAGAUUUUCUGCGUCCUCUGUGUUUCACACAUAACGCUUAACAUAUCCAGACAGAAAUAAACUUUUUAAAGCAUAUUUGUAAGCUGUGUUACCCAACGGAUUUAAUAGAGCAUCUGUAUUGGUUCCACUCAAUCUAAAGGAAGAACAAAGGAUGAAAUUCUUUUACUGGGAACUUAGGAAAAUUACAUGAUAAUCAAAUAAUAAUAGCAAUUUACUGAGUGUUUGCCAUGUGGCAGGUUCUGCUCUGAUAGGAUGGAUGAGUAUUGAUUCAGUCCUUACAGUAACUCAAUGAGCAUGAUAAUGCUACUAGAAGUAAACUGAACUAGAAAGUUUAUUUGCCCAAGGUCACACAUUAAGUAAAGACAUGUUCGGAUGAUUUUAAUAGUCUCUGGGAUGAAAACUAGUAAGAUUUAUUCUUUGUUUUAUAUACAUAUACAUUUGUGUCUUUUAUAUAACAACUAGGAAUAUAUGGUGGGUCUUGAUUAUUCCUAUUCCAAGAAUUUCAAAGAAAUGUUUUUUUCCUCAAAUCUGUUGCUCUUAUUCUGAUUUCUGUGGCAUUCUGCUCUGUACCAUCUGGCCUGAAAGUGCCUUCCUCCUUAUUUCAGGACCACCACUAUUAUUUGCUGAUAAUUUGCAGUCUUCAUUUCAGUAUCCUUACAUAGAUAUGGUACCUACACAUCUCAUUCAGAUACCAAGACUUUUUUUUUGUUUUGUUUUUAAAGAAUCAGUUGAUGUACAGGGCAAUUAACCUUCUUUCAAAAGAAAUGGAAAUCAGUGGUGGAUUUAUUACAUUAAAUCUGAUUUAACCCUCUUUCUUUUUUUCUUAAGAUUUAUUUAUUUAUUUAUUUGAAAGAGUUACGCAGAGAGAGAGAGAGAGAGAGAGAGUCUUCCAUCCGCUGGUUCACUCCCCAAUUGGUUGCAUCAGCCGGAGCUGUGCUGAUCCGAAGCCAAGAACCAGGAGCCUCUUCCAGGUCUCCCAUGUGGACGCAGGUCCCAAGGACCUGGACCAUUUUCUACCGCUUUCCCAGGCCAUAGCAGAGAGCUGGAUCGGAACUGAAGCAGCGGGUCUUGAACCGGCACUUACAUGGGAUGCCAGCGCUGCAGGCCAGGGCAUUAAAUUAACCCACUGCACCACAGCACCGGCCCCAAUUUAACCCUCUUUCAUUUUUACUCUCCUUUUACUAUUUUACUGUCUAUAGCACAGAGCAAUAUGUUUGAAAAUCAUAUUGGUUAGAAACAUCACUUCCUGGUGCUGGUGCCGUGGCUCACUUGGUUAAUCCUCUGCCUGUGGCACCGGCAUCCCAUAUAGGCGCUGGGUUCUAGUCCUGGUCGCUCCUCUUCCAGUCCAGCUCUCUGCUGUGGCCUGGGAAGGCAGUGGAGGAUGGCCCAAGCGCUUGGGCCCCUGCACGCUCAUUGGAGACCAGGAAGAAGCACCUGGCUCCUGCCUUCGGAUAGGUGUAGCUCCGGCUGUUGUGGCCAUUUGGGGAGUGAGCCAACGGAAGGAAGACCUUUCCUUUCUCUCUGUCUCUCUCUAUCACUGUCUCUCACUGUAUGUAACUGUCAAAUAAAUAAAUAAAAAUCUUUAAAAAAAAAUCAUUUCCUGGUGGUCUGUGCCAACACCCCGCCCCCCCAUUGAGUAGAAAUACAGGCACAGUGUUCUAUUUCCCUGUGAUUUAUCCUCCAGUUUGUGGUGUCUCUCUUCUCUUGGCUCUUCUCUGCCCUCACCCAAACUCAGUUUAGGGGGUACACCUCUUUACCCGUUUCAUGCAGGCUAUCCACGGAUACUGUUGACCCAAAUGCUUGCUUUUGAAAUAUCAAAUUCCUGCUUCCAGGUGCACUAUUCGAUGGAGGAUGAGAUUUCUUUGGCUAUUUAACUGCAGUGCUUUGCAUGUUCUUGGUUUUGCUACUUAUCAAAUUGGAAAGCAAUGCCGAAAUGCCAGGAGAGUAUAAAAGUAGCUACCAUUUUGUAGUUCAAGUUCAGUAGCACAUGGAAGAAAAGGGAUUCCAGAAAUCUUCAUGAGCAUCUUUGGUCUUCCAUGGCUCUCCCUGAACCCUCUUUCUGUUACUGGGGUACUACUAUGUCUUGUUCUUGCUGUGUUUAGUAGGCAGCUCUGUUUUCCUUGCUGUCUCUCUUGCUGCAGUGCCUCAGUGUUCACCCCAGAGCUGCUGAGGUACUUUCCUUUCGACCUGCCAUGUCCUCGCAUAUUGCAGAGCUGAGCCUUGCCAUCUACACUGCUUUUCUGCUUCGUUUUGCUCCUGACCUAAACCCCCCUGCUAUUCCAGGCCUGGCCUCUCAUGACCAGAGACUGCUGACUCAUCCUGGCCUGUGCCAAGCUGUGCAGUCGCUUAGUGAUGUGGACAGGAGUCGAAGGACUAGAAUGAGAUCACUGAACUCAUUUCACUUGUUGCUUACGGUACAGUCCAGCAUGAGCUGGAAAUGUAGGAACCUCAGCCUCCCGAGCAGAAAGACAGUGGCUGGCACUUUUCCUCCACACUGUGAGACAAAGAGAAUUGGCUGGAAUAAAACCUUGCUUUCCAUAUGGUCAACUUGAAAUGCAGCAUUGAAAAGUUCCUUGACCAGCAGUUGGUGGCCUGCCCCUUCUCUUUAUAUGCAACCGCUCUCUGUUCCCUGCCCCAAUGAACAUCUGCACUAGGCCCCAACCUUGGAGUGAUUUACCUGAAGAGUGACACCACUGACUUGGAAACUACUACGACUCUGUUACUGGAAAACGCUAAACCCGGGAGUCUAACACCUCUCUUAGGCUUCAGAUGAGGAAACUGAAGCCCAGAGAGGUGAAGUGAGGUGCCCAAGGCCACACAGCAAGUUAGAGGCCCAGCUAGUACCAUAGCACAAGUCUCCUGACUCCCAGUCCAGUGCUCCUCCCAUUACUCCACGGGUCCUGUCUCUAAGCUUCCUGACAAAUGCUAGAACGGAAGAAACCCAAGACAGCUGAAAACCAGAAGGCAUCUGAGGAGAAUGAGAUUACUCAGCCGGGUGGAUCCAGCGCCAAGCCGGGCCUUCCCUGCCUGAACUUUGAAGCUGUUUUGUCUCCAGACCCAGCCCUCAUCCACUCAACACAUUCACUGACAAACUCUCACGCUCACACCGGGUCAUCUGAUUGUGACAUCAGUUGCAAGGGGAUGACCGAGCGCAUUCACAGCAUCAACCUUCACAACUUCAGCAAUUCCGUGCUCGAGACCCUCAACGAGCAGCGCAACCGUGGCCACUUCUGUGACGUGACGGUGCGCAUCCACGGGAGCAUGCUGCGCGCGCACCGCUGCGUGCUGGCGGCCGGCAGCCCCUUUUUCCAGGACAAGCUGCUGCUGGGUUACAGCGACAUUGAGAUCCCGUCGGUGGUGUCUGUACAGUCGGUGCAAAAGCUCAUUGACUUCAUGUACAGCGGCGUGCUGCGCGUCUCGCAGUCGGAAGCUCUGCAGAUCCUCACGGCCGCCAGCAUCCUACAGAUCAAAACCGUCAUCGAUGAGUGCACUCGCAUCGUGUCGCAGAACGUGGGCGAUGUGUUCCCGGGGAUCCAGGACUCGGGCCAGGACACGCCUCGGGGCACGCCCGAGUCGGGCACUUCGGGCCAGAGCAGCGACACGGAGUCGGGCUACCUGCAGAGCCACCCGCAGCACAGUGUGGACAGGAUCUACUCGGCGCUCUAUGCCUGCUCCAUGCAGAACGGCAGCGGCGAGCGCUCCUUCUACAGCGGUGCCGUGGUCAGCCACCAUGAGACUGCGCUCGGCCUGCCCCGAGACCACCACAUGGAAGACCCCAGCUGGAUCACCCGCAUCCACGAGCGCUCGCAGCAGAUGGAGCGCUACCUGUCCACCACCCCCGAGACCACGCACUGCCGCAAGCAGCCCCGGCCUGUGCGCAUCCAGACCCUGGUGGGCAACAUCCACAUCAAGCAGGAGAUGGAGGACGACUAUGACUACUACGGGCAGCCAAGGGUGCAGAUCCUGGAGCGCAACGAAUCCGAAGAGUGCACAGAAGACACCGACCAGGCCGAGGGCACCGAAAGCGAGCCCAAAGGCGAAAGCUUCGACUCGGGCGUCAGCUCCUCCAUUGGCACCGAACCCGACUCCGUAGAGCAGCAGUUUGGGCCCGGAGUCACACGGGAUGGCCAGGCUGAGCCGGCCCAACCCGAGCAGGCCACCGAAGCCCCAGCCGAGGGCGGCCCACAGCAGAACCAGCUAGAAACUGGGGCCUCCUCUCCGGAGAGAAGCAACGAGGUGGAGAUGGACAACACAGUCAUCACAGUCAGUAACAGCUCGGACAAGAGCGUCCUGCAACAGCCUGCGGUCAACACAUCCAUUGGGCAGCCAUUGCCAAGCACCCAGCUCUACUUACGCCAGACAGAAACCCUCACCAGCAACCUGAGGAUGCCUCUGACCUUGACCAGCAACACACAGGUCAUUGGCACAGCUGGCAACACCUACCUGCCGGCCCUCUUCACGACCCAGCCUGCGGGCAGCGGCCCCAAGCCUUUCCUCUUCAGCCUGCCACAGCCUCUGGCAGGCCAGCAGACCCAGUUUGUGACAGUGUCCCAGCCCGGCCUGUCUACCUUUACUGCACAGCUGCCAGCGCCACAGCCCCUGGCCUCUUCGGCCGGCCACAGCACAGCCAGCGGGCAAGGCGAAAAAAAGCCUUAUGAGUGCACUCUCUGCAACAAGACUUUCACCGCCAAACAGAACUACGUCAAGCACAUGUUUGUACACACAGGUGAGAAGCCCCACCAAUGCAGCAUCUGUUGGCGCUCCUUCUCCUUAAAGGAUUACCUUAUCAAGCACAUGGUGACACACACAGGCGUGAGGGCCUACCAGUGUAGCAUCUGCAACAAGCGCUUCACCCAGAAGAGCUCUCUCAAUGUGCACAUGCGCCUCCACCGGGGCGAGAAGUCCUACGAGUGCUACAUCUGCAAGAAGAAGUUCUCUCACAAGACCCUCCUGGAGCGACACGUGGCCCUGCACAGCGCCAGCAACGGGACCCCUCCUGCAGGCACACCCCCGGGUGCCCGUGCUGGCCCCCCAGGUGUAGUGGCCUGCACGGAGGGCACCACUUACGUCUGCUCCGUCUGCCCAGCAAAGUUUGACCAAAUCGAGCAGUUCAACGACCACAUGAGGAUGCAUGUGUCUGACGGAUAAGUAGUAUCUUUUCUCUCUUUCUUAUGAACAAAACAAAACGACAAAAAAAAAAAAAAAAAGAAACAAAAAAAGCUAUGGCACUAGAAUUUAAGAAAUGUUUUGGUUUCGUUUUACUUUCUGUUUUUGUUUUUGUUUCGUUUCAUUUUGUACUACAUGAAGAACUGGUUUUUGCCUGCUGGUACAUUACAUUUCCUGAGGCUUGGGUGAAUAAUGGUUUUCCCAGCCUCCCUUGGAUGGUGGCCUUAAGGCCUGGUAGUGCUUCAGGAGGUCCACUGGUUGGAUCUCUAGCUACUGGCCUCUAAAUACAACCCUUCUUUACAAAAAAAUCUUUUAAAAAAGUAAAAAAAAAAAUUUUUUUUUUCACUUGUGAAGAGCACUACAAAAGUAUAUAACAAAAUCUAAAAGGCCUACUGUCUUUAAGUACACCGCUUGCAGUGUUUCAGUGGACAUUUUCACAAUUCUGGCCGCUUGGACUUCACAGUAAUCAGUUAAAGCUGUGGAAUAUCACUUCUGGUCGAAAACCCAGAGGAAAGGCCCUGCUGUUCUCCACCGACCACGCUGUCUGAUUUCGUAAAAGGGCUGUGGGAGUGGGAGGGAGCAGUGGGUUUGGUGAUGUGGUAAAGAAAAUGGAAGGGUAGGUUUCUUCCCCAGGUUCUGCCCGGGGCCACACACCCUGGCCCACCUUCUCCACAUCCCCCCCUUGCAGCAGAAGCCAGGAAGACUCGGAUGAGCAACAAGCAACAGUGGCUAUCGUAUUUAUUCAGUGUCUUCGCUGAGCCACAGCCUCAGCACAAUCAAGAGGGACUUUCAUGAAAGGCAGGAAUGCAGAUAAAACAAAGAUAUCAGAGAUUUGCACCUAUGUUUCUAGGUACAAGAGAAGGAUUAUUUCCAACAAUCUUUGCAAAAAAAAAAAAAAGCGUCAGGAUAUAUUCUUGUGGAAGAGAAAAAGAAAGAGAAAUGGAGGGUGGGGGGAAUAAUAAAAAAGUUCUUGAGGCUUUUUUAAUUCAAAAUUUUAUAGAGGGGCAAAAGUGACGUUUACCAGAUAGAAUGCUGAUUUUUUUAAUAUAUUUACAACAGUAUUUGUGUAAAAAAAAAACAAAAAAAUGAGAUGUUUAAAGUAAUUUUUUCAUUUUGGUUUUGCAUACACUGCCACCAAUCCCUUCUCUUAUUUUAUUUCACACACAUAUAUAUAUUUUUUGGUAAGUCAAGACUGUUAAGGUUAGCGAUACUGCUUCCAGAUAGAAAGAAUAAAAAGCAACUAAAGUUAUAUUUGAAAGAGAGGAAGGAUAUUUUCUUCAUAUUUUUUUUAUUUUUCUUAAUUUUUAUUAUUUUAAGUAUUGCCUGGGUUGAUGAGGGCCUCAAUGGCCAGCCCAUCCCUGCUGUAAUUUGAACUGCUGCUUUGUAUUUUGAUAUGUAGUUCUUUGACUUUUAGUAAGCUUAAGUUACUCCACUGAAUAUUUUUUUUAGCUGAUCCAUCUAGAGUUCUCUGUUCUUUUUCAUGGGAGGGACUUUAUCUUUCAGAAGCAUAUUUCUUGCUUCUCCAAAAUUUCACAGAGAUAUGAUUCUUCUAGAACUUCUAUUGACUUUACUUUUUUUCUUUGAGGAAACACUAGUAGGCUAGAGGUCUUGACAAUGGAUUCUUUUCUUUGGUGUGAGACAGGAGGAGGAGUUGACAAACUCUGCCAUACCUCCUCACCCUCCACAACUGCAGAGAGCAUUGUGAUGAGAUGCCUGUUACAGACCAAGAUGCAUUGAUGCCAAAAUUACUUCCUUCCUUUCAGUUAUCACCUUCUGACUACUUCCAUCAUAGUAAAGAGGGCUAAGUAAGAUGAUCAUUCUGUAGAUGAUUUAUUAACCCUUGCUUAUUGGAAAGGCUUUAGGGAAAUUCUCAAAAAUUUCCCAGAUGCCAACAUCCACCAUUCAAAAGGCCACCAAUCUAUUGCACCAUCCCAGUUGCCACUCUCUCUUCCUAGUUGGGAUUUCUCUCCUCGGUCCUGAUCAAGACAUUGAAAUAGAGAUUUUCCUUUAUAGACAGUGUCCAGAAGGAAUUCCAACUCAAGUAGAGGGAUUCAUAAGCCUAACUAAACCUUCAAAAGUGAUUUCAUUGUUGGGCAUGUGUUAACACACUUCAGGGAAAAGUAAACCUUUCAACAAAGCAGAAACACCAAACUAUAAUUUUGAAGAAAUGAAGAAAAGAAAGUUUCAAAAUUACUUUACAUUUUAAUUUAAUUUUCCUUCUACUUUUCCUGUACUUAUUUUAUUUACAAAAACCAUGCAGCCAACAAGGGAAAAUCUUCCAAGGCACGCAACUCUAUAAUGACUAAAUUGGUUUCAUUCAUAUAUUUUAGUCAUUUGGUUAACUUGGAUCUUUUCCAUUAGUUUUCUGUGAUGUUUAAUGGAGUUCAUGCAACUGGAGUAUUUCUGAGUUUGAUUUGUUUCUACAGUGCUUGAUUCUGUGGAUAUUCUGCUAGAAGUUUUCAUGUAAAUUUGGAUGGUUAACUGACUGUUGAGUAUCACUCAUUUUGAUUUCUAAAAUUAAUCCUACCAAGAACUCUGUGUUUAAAACCGACUUGUUUUAAAAGUAGGUGAGAAACAGCUUCAGAAAAAGUCCAUUUUUUUCUAAUACUAAUUUUGCUUUUCUAGAUGUCAGUGUCAAGACUCCAAUAUUCACUUACUACCAAUAGAGGGAGCAUUAGUUAAUUAUGUCAUCGAAUUGUUUGGAUAUUUUGAAAACUAAAAAAGAAAGAUUGUCACAUAAAAGGAAGAUAUUUUAAUCUAGAAGAAAAUGAUAUGAAAUCACUCAGCAUAUAUUACAAAUGAAAGAAGGCCAAAAGCUACUUUAAAAUAUUUUCAGCUCUUUGACAGUAGCAAGUUUAAAAUAGCAUCUUUAUUCAAAAUUUAGCAAAGUAAGCAUAACUCAUAAUUACCUCCAGAAAAUUUGAUUUUGAAUGUCAUUAUGGACCAUAUUUAGCUACCUGCUUCCCAAAUCUAAAGGAGACCCAUUUGCCAUAAUGCUAGAUUGUCAUGUGAAAGAAAGCAUGACAUGUCAUGCUAAGCAAUUGGGUUGAAAUCCACUUUUUCUUGUAGAACAUAUAAACUACUGGUGACUUGAAACCCUGGUAUUUGUCCUUUCUGUAGAGGAACUAUUUCUUCAAGAUAGCAACAACAAAGUUGGAGGGUCCCUAAAAUCUUGGUGAGCUAAUACAAUCAUUGUCAGCCAUUACAAACCAAACUAUCCAUGUUUGCAUAGCAGUAGAUCUGUUCCUACUGUGUGCCCAUUUCUCCGAAAGACCUCACAGCCAAACGUUGAUGGGUUAUUCUCUGGAGACAGGCAGGUGCUGGAUUGGAGUAGGAGCUCCAAAUAGGGGGAGCUAGGAAGUUUUUGCGAGGCUUUUGUUACAUGUCUGAUUUCUGAAAAGGCUGCUUUGCAAACUGACCCACAUUUCAGAAAGUCAACCAGUCUGUACCUAUUUCAGAAGGAUAGAAAUACAUUUCAAUUUCCAGCCUCCAAUCACAAUGGAACAAUCACAAGCAUCUUAGGAGACAGAGAAACGGAGUUUGCUUCAGGAUCAGAUAAUGAGUAUUGACAAUUUUUUUGUUGGGGGGGGGAGUUGAAUCUUACAAUCUUCUUGCAUUUAUACCCUCAUGCUAGGAUGCCGUUAGUGCUAUUUAAGUAAUUCUUUCCAGUAGGAUAAAGAUAAGAUAGAAGCAAAUGUUCCAGAUUUCAUACCACUUAGGAUGAGUAUAGGGAAUUAGAACUGGUAUGGAAAAUAACAGAUUUUUAGCAAUUUAUCACUUAGAAAUGGAAUUUACUGAAGAAAGAAGAAAGUCAAAGAGGAAUGUUUGUCUCAAGACACUUAGCUACAGUUUAUGAAAAGUAAAGUUUCCUAGCACUAAAAAUAUUUAUAAUGUCUCAGCACAGUGGGCAGUUUCCCCCUAUUAAAUGCCAAUAUGUAUAGAAAAUUGAGCCACCAAAUAUGUACAAUAUAAAACAGAAAGGAAAUGGAUCACAUGGAUGGGAUACAAAUCUAUACAUGGGGAAAGAUUGAGAAAUAAGCUAGGCCAAAAAAAAAUCUGAAAUGAAAUUUCUGUAUUCAAGUGCUCUUUAUUACAUACAUUUUUAUUGAGUUGUUACCUUCAGAUCCUAAUAACAGCUUCAUAGACGGUUUCCUCCCCAAUUUCUUAAUGCUUUGAGCCUGUGCCAUGAGUAAGCCACGUGGAUAAUUCCCAGUUGACGUUCUAACUGCAGGCCAUUUCUUCCUUCUUAUCCUCUUGGAGGUCAAAGUUGCUCUUGGCCACAGAAAGACUUGGGUUUGGUUUGCUUAAAAGUCAGAGAGGUUUUAUUCUGUAUCAUCACAGUAUUCUAGAAGGACCAAGAAAAACCCUUUCCAACCUCUGAACAGCAAGAAUUUCUGCAUUUUGGUCGUGAAGCGAGAGAAAAUCUCCUUUGGGUGUGUGGGUUUCAAACUAAGUUUUAACGCCUUGACCAUAUGUACUGCCAUCACACCAGCCCACCCGCAGUACAUGUCCUGCCCAUGGCCCAAAUCAGUAUUUCCUCUCAUCACAGAAGUUAAAAAUGAGGUGUGCCCCUUAGAAAAAUCCCCCAGAUCCCAAGAGAACGUUGUAAAGGCUCCUGUUGCUCUCUUACUGGGCCUCUUCCAUAACACCCCUCCUAUUGCCCUUAGCAAACGAGGAAGGUGGUAUAUCUGGACAUUCUGGAGCCUUCCUCUGGGGUUAAAACAUGGUGGUAAUUCGUUGGGGCUGGGAGCCAAGGGAUAGGACUAUAUGCACCUGCAGGAAAUUAUCAGCUCAUCAAUUCAGGUCUGCCUCUGAUAGCCAGUGCAAGGUAACCGCACAUAGGGCCUGAGAUGCCCUGGGGAUUUAGAACUGGGAACUGUUCCUUCUUUUGUGACUUAACUCUUAAAAGAAAUCUUCUAAAAGAAUUCUUUAAUUUAGAAAGAAACUGAAGUCCGGGGUUAUAGAUGCUCUGGGGAAGAGAAUAUAAAAAUGGCAAAAAUGUGUUCAGCCACCCAACAAUGCUAAACCGAAAACCAUCCAAUUGUUAAAAUAGGAAAUUUGGCACAAGGCAUUUAGAGACAUCUCUGGGCUUUUCCAGGGGUAGGGUCCACAGACUUUUUUUUUUUUUUUUUUGAGUGAUUUCUGGCUCUGAGAAACCUCUUUACUCAUUAGGAAAGAACUUUAUUUAAAUGGCUGGUUUUGUCCCCUAGAAAAAGAAAUUAAAAAAAAAGGCAAAAAGGAAAGAAAAAUAGGACACUAAAGACAGGACCAUGUGACGUGGUGACAAACCAAAGGAAGGGUACACUAGAAUUUCAAUGAACUCCCUAACUCCAUAGAGAAAACAAGGAAGCAACCCUAUGCCUCCCUGUGCCUCACUUUCAGCCUGCAGUGAGUGCAGUGAGCUGGCCCAGCCACAGGGUGACUCAGAAUUUCCCACCUGGGACAGUAUGACCUCUUUCUCCUCUGUAUCUUCAUAACGAAAAGGGCUGUCCUCUUAGUCACCUAGAAAAGACUAAGUGGGGGCAGACCUUCAAAAUCAAUCUCUAGCCCACUGUUCAGGCUGCACAGGGAGGCAGAAAGCAGACACAGGAGCUCUGACUCUUGCCAGAGAAUGUCUUUCAUAUUCCCAAGAGCUCUCUGUGGAAUCAUCAUUUCUGGCACCACUUCUCACUCCACAACAGGCGGGGCUGAGCCACUGAGUGUCCCUGGAAAUGCAGAACGUGCGAGUUUCCAGCCCAAAGCCUCAUUUCUAGCACCAGGAUCAAGACCCUCCUCGGCCCAGCUAAGAUGCCAGCAGAUUUCCCUCGGUCUCUAAGGCACUUUGCUCGUAGAGCGGUGACUCUAGCAGCUGGUGUGGGCAGGAGCACAUUUUGGGGAAAGUCUAUGGAGCCGUAUGACCUGCGUCCAUUCCUUUUAGGAGGUAGAUGAUGAGGGCUGUGGAACAUGAGUUCCUUUUUCCUUUGGAUGAAUUUCCUCUGAACUAAGUGAAGGGUAGCCCCUUACCUGAGUUGAAAGAAGGAACCUCAUCUUUCUACUUCACUGGCUGAAACACCUGCCAUUCCUGCAGUCGCUUCAGGCUCUGCCUGCUGCUUUGUCAAAAGAAUCGUUUCAGACUGAAAUGUAAUCGGAAGUGCUCUCUGUUAAAGUCUUUUCACAAGCAGCAACUUAGGGUGUAGAAUCAUUGCCUUAACUCAGAAAGCCCAGGAAGAGGACAGAGGCUGGGAACAAAUGGGCAUUUCCUGCUUUUAAAGAGUUGCCUGUUCACAAGGGGAGCUCUGUUCCUGACCGAGGCCUGGAGAAACAGGAGGCAGCAGUCUUGUCUCAAAGUGGCUGCUCUGUCCUAUCUGUUCUGUUUCAUCGUGCUGGAUCUAGGCUGAAUGUAAAGUAGGCAUCGUAUCACUAAAGAGAAAAGCCCAUACAGUGUAAUCACAGGUGCCUGGGAUGCCCGUUUUAAACAUUUCCUUAGUAGGGAGAAGUAAUCCCAACAAAAAGCUUUAUUUCCCUAGAUAGUAUCAAUCUCUGUAGGUUUUCUCCUGCAGUUUUAGUGAGUAUCUGGUUUAUUUGGUGGCUCUUUAUUGAAAUGCAAAGUCAGAACUUUCAAGUCUUUGCUGAAGGGGCAUCCUCUGCAGAUCUGAGGCGAAAUCCAGCCAAAACUAUGGGAGUUCCAGCUUCUGGGAUAUGUAGGUAGGAUCUGAGAGUCUUUCCUUUUAAAAUCUGAGGCUUCCUUGGUUCAGAAUGCCUCAGUGAGAUACUGAUACACCAAGACAGACAAAAAGUUUAACUCCAUAGAAGGCGUCUAUUGCUACUACUGUGCCAACAGUUGUUACUGUCCAGCAGUCAUUGCAAUUUACAUGUAAAUUCUAGUGCUGAAAGGGUCACCACCCAUCCAGUGUGUCACAGUUACUAUCCAAAAUGUGUGCAAAUGAGUGUGCAUCAUACAUGUGCAUAGGCAGUGCAAUGUGAGGUGCUCACAGUGCAAAACUCUUCCACACUCGUAUUCCCUAGUGUCAACAAGAGAGGUUUGGGGAUUUCCAGUUAGGAGUCAGAGGUCUGACUUAUGUCCCAUAUCUUCAUCUACUCUGUGGCCUUAGUCAGCAGCAUCAUUAUCUGUGAUAAGGCUGCGAGCAUGCUGAAAGAGCCCAACCAUCAGUCCCUCCUACGUAUCUCCUUCAUGGGAAAUUUGAACAAGCCUGUGUGAGUCGAGUGCAUCUAUCACACUUUACACUUCUCCUGGAUUUACUGACAAGCGUGUGCGUGUGUGUAUUUGUGGGUGUAUUUGUUGUCGUCUGAGAAUGUGUGUGCCUCUCAAAGGAAGCACACACAAGCAGAGGUCCUGGUGCGUAGAUUCACUUGCCUCUCUCCAUCAUUGCGCUCAAGACUUGUGGCUUCCUUCCCAGGAAGCAGUCACCUGCCCACUCUGUUGCUUUUUGUAGCAUUUCAGAGUUGGGAGAAACAAAGGCAGCUUGUUGGAUCCACAGCAAACCCACAGGGCCAGGCUGUUUUCCUCCGGAAGAAGGUAGAACAGAAGUACUCAGCUGGCAAGCAGACUCGAGGGAGCAGCAGUCUGGGACACUCCACCAGGUCCCCUAGUGGGGGGCAGGGGGCACAGGGGCCAGGCAGGCGAGGCUCACAGACUUUGACCUGAGCCACCCUGGAGCUCUGUUCCUUCCCAGUCUGAAAUCCGGUGCGUGCACACACUUAUACACACACACAAACCCCUUUGUGAGUUUUAUUCCCAAAUGAAAGCUUCCUAAUGCUGCCUGCAUCCGCAGGGCAUCAUCUCCAUUCACGAAUUGUGUCUCCUGAAACCAGUGUGGCCUUUGCCGAAGUCUUUCCAAGAGUGGGUUGUUUACCAUGUCUAGCAAACCAAUAGACUGUCAGGGGAUUUUUUUUUUUUGGCAAUCUGUAAGAAUUGGUGGCUCUUGCUUUUCUCAAGCACUAAAGUACAAUGCCACUCUAGCAUAAAAUACCCAAUGAACGGACCUGGCUCUCAUAGCUGACUCAAGGCUUGGUGGCCUGGAAACUGUCAGCUUCAGUGUUCUCACUCCCGUACACUUCUUUUACUAGAUGGUUUAUUAUUUUUAUGACAUGUAGGUUAUUUCUGCUUUACAGAAUUCAGAGGACAUUUUUCUUUCCUCUCCUAUUUUGGUGACUUUUCCUCCCUCCCCUGUUAAGUAAGGCUACUUACAGUUGCACCUUUUUUGUGGCUAUUAUUUUUCAAAGUGUAUAUUGUCUUUCUAUAUCCAAAAGAAGUCUGUGACUGUAACAAUAGGUAUUUCUUUUUACUGGAAAAAUGACUUUUGGUUUUGUUUUUUGUUUUUUUUUUGUUUUUGUUUUUAUUAACAGUGCUAGUGACUUUGUGGAAGAAUAUGAGUUACUAUUUAGGUAUGCUUACUUAAAUACAGUACACUACAUUGCAGUAUUUCCGAAACCUAGAACAUACACAUUAUAUAUAACAACUCUAUAUUGAAGUAUAUAUUACAUUAUAUUCAUUUUAACUGUUGAAUCUGCCUAUGAUCAUAAGUUGAUUGAAAUAUUAUUUCUUUGCAUAUAUCACCCAUCACCAACCUGCUGCAGUUAAUCUGGUGCAUUUAAUAAUAAUCAUUACUGCUCUAGUUUGCUUUUUAUAUUAUCAGCUUCAGUAUUGUCUUUAGAGGAUUUUAGAGGUUUUUUUUUUUUGUUUAAGCUCAGACUUAGCAAAUGUAGGAAAGUGAAAACUUUUUUUAAACUUUAUUCUUGGUGUGGCUAAUACAAAGAAGUUCAUAUUCAAAGUGAUCUUGUUUAGCUGACCCUCUCAAUAUCUGAAGAACAAAAGAAGUGCAUAUGAAUGUAUCUGUGAUUUUCCCCUCCAGGACUGUCACUGUCUAUAUUUGCUUCUAAAAACAUGACCAAGGGGCUGCUUAACCUCCAGCUAAUCUGACCAGAUAGUCACCAGGCUGUACUUCAAAGGGCCGCUCCUCUGAAAAACGUAAUUCAGUGAAAUGCCUCGUUUUCCCAACUGUGUUUCCAAACGUUGAUUUUCAUACUGAUUCUUGACUGGCUACUUUCUGUUUUCAAUAUGCUUACAGUUAUUUUCAUGAGUCUUCAACAUUUCCCUGGAGGCAGUUUGGCAAUGGAGAAUACAUUUUCCUAGGAGAUUUAAAAAAAAAAAAAAAAAAAACCCUAACUAAAAUCAGAGUUUGAGCAUCGUUUUGUUGACAGAGGUUCAUAAAGACAGAACUCAGAAAUAAGUAUCAUGGUUUUCAGUUGGUAAAGCCUAUGGAAGGGUAGCUCUGGGGUAUCUGGCCCUCAGUCUCCCCACUUGUGUGCUAAGUGGGGAUUUGGUGCCUUUCCUCUUUAAUGAGGCCAACAUGGGACUUUCAGAAACCAGGCAUCCAAUCGUCCUACCCAAGAAAUACUUUCAGGUACUAUUUGCAGAUAAAGAGUUUCAGCAGCUUCCCUCAGCUAGUAAGCCCAAUGCCUGCAAAACCUCUUGGUUAGAUAAACUCGUUUUCUAUCCUGGGUGCCUAAAACCAGUCUCACUGUCUUGGUCCUCUAUUCAGGACACAGUGAAAGCAGCUUUUCGUAAACUUCAGCGUGGAAGACCUUUCCACACUGGACCAAAAUUACGGCCCCGCAGGGUGAAGACCGCAUUUCCUUCCUUCAUCUUUACUGACAGGUUUUGAGUUUCUGAUCCCAUCCCAUUUUGCUGUGCCUCUUCAGGAAGUCUCUGACCCACAGCCCACCCCUCCACAUUCUCCUCAGCACCCUCCAGGGGUGAGGCCCCGCACGCACUGAGGCACUCCCCACCCUUGGCCUGUGUCCAAGGGUCAGUGUUGAGUCCCAUAGCAAACUUACCAAUCUUCUCUCCAGAGUUUUUACCCACAUCUAUUUCUACUACACAGAUGUGACUGUCAAGUGAAUACUGCGAGAGAUUCUUCCUUCCCCAGUCAUCACGUAAUAUCCAAAUUGUAUCAACUUCAUUAUUUUCCUCUUUCCUUCUCCUAACCAGUUUCUUUUAGUUCUUACUUCUCUUUAAGACAACUUUGAAUUACUUCGUCUUCUCAUCACCCCAGAACUCAAAUAUUAAAUUAUCACCCCUGACUGUCCAUUUAUCUGCCUUCCCUCCACCAUUUCUGAAUGUCCUCCUUUGAGGAGCACUAAAGACUUCAUCAACUUGAGGCUUGUAGGCAAAGUGAAGCAUGUCUUCCUGUUAGCUGCUGAUUUUGAAAGUUAUCAAUAUGCUUUUGAGUGUGGGAGGAUCUGCGUCCCAGUUUUAAAUGUCAUCUGUGCUAGCUGAGAUCAUCAAUGUUUCUCACCUUCACAUUUGACCAAAGAUAGAGAAAAGUAUUUUCCGAGGCUUUGGUUGUGUUUUUUUUUUUUUUUUUUUAAAUACCACAGUGUUCAAGUUCUUGAUAUGAGUAGAUCAUUUCUGAAGGAGAUAAGAAAAUGACUAAUGUCAGCAAUGUCACCUCCUUCCAAUAUUUACCUGAGCGGCAUGUUUACCAGACACUAAGUUGAUAGGAAACUUGAAGAGUAGUAAAUUUUCAAAGUAACUUUGGUAACUGCUAAAGCCUUAAUGAUCUCUUCUCAAACAAGUAAAGUCACUUAGACAAAUGGUAGGACAAAUUAGCAAGAAUUUCUUCCUUUAUUACCUUUUUGAGAAAAUAAUUAUUGAUUGGUUUAGAAUUUUGAGCAGUAAUUUACUAAGGUCUGAAGAGAUUCAUAAAAUUUCUAAAGUGGCCAUUUUGCAACAAGACAUUGAUUACACAUAAAUUUAAUAUGUGCUUCAGUAAAACAAGGCUGAAUGGAUACCUACAGGGCUGUACAGCACACUGCCCAGUAUCUAAAUACUCAUUAUUUAAUUUGGUCAUCAGGUUAGAUCUCAUUCCAAUGAAUUAUAACCAUCUGGUGCCAGAGCAUUGCCCAAAAGACUAGUAGUAUUCUGGGGUCUAACCCUUUCAGGAUGCCUGUAAUACCAUCUUCCCAACAGCUCUGUAAUGUAAUCUUUCCUGACUUUGGUCCAAUGCUCUUGACUUGAUACCAUAUUGCCUCUUUUCUCAUGCAAAGACAUAUUCUGUGAAUCUAGAGUACUUCCUAGUUUUGAGAAUGCAGAGGGUGUCCUUUCAGUUCUUGUUUUACCCAUUGAGAAGCAGAAUCAGCAUUUAAUAUCAGAAAUGUAUUAUUAUUUGAUUUGGGGCUUGAUCCAAGUUUUAUCUUAAACCAAUUUGUAUCAUGCAGUCACACCAUAAGGAGCAAUGAAGUAAAUAGAAGGUUCAAAAGCCUUCCUGGGACAUGCAUCUAGUAAGAACCUACAUUUCCUAAAGCCUGCAUUUGCUUUGCUUAGGGACCUGAUCUUCUCUGGGCACACAGGCACAUCCUGGUCAAGCCCAUCUACUUCUGUUCCUUUGUCCACUCUGACUACUUUUAAAAGUAGUCGAAAGUCUUCUCAGUCAUUGGCUUCAGAAGGAAUAAAUGACUCUCUUUUAAAUCUUUAAAUACUAUCCUUUAAAAUAGAAUGAAGUAGGAGAGGUUCUCUUUCUGAUAGACCCCAUUUGGUCCAAUUAAUCUAGGAUGCCUUCUUGAAAGUGUUCCUUUAAGUUUCCCAAGAAGAGUUCUGACCCUGAGACCCACGAUUGACCACCACAACCUCUGUGUUUCUUAUUGUCAAGUUUAUGUUCAAAUCCUAUUUCAUAUUCUAGAGACUUCAGAGUAUGAAUUUCUCAUUGCUCUGAGCCACCUGUUUUCCCAAGCUGAUACCUAUCAGGAGCAUCAGUGCCCUAAUGAUAACUAAUGCAGCAAAAUAAUGGUCAGAAACACUAGAAUAUAUAUUUGGGAGGAUAGGAAGGGAUUUUUUUUCUUUUUUUCCCUGUAAGUAGCUUGUUUCCCCUCCCUGGCCCUCCACAAUGCAUUUCAGAAAGUCUGCAUCUCAUUUUACAGAUACGUAGUUUUAGGAUUUGCAAAUAUAGUUUAGGGAAUGUUCUGAGAUUGAGGCUGGUAGCAAACAAGUUUAUUUUCUGCACUGAACGUGAGGACAAGUGUGCACAGAUGCAAUUCCUUCAAAGAAAGUGAAACACGGCAAGGCAAAUGGAUGAUACUUUUACACAUUAAAACAGUUGUUUGCUAUCUAUAAACCUUGAUUUAAGCAUAAUUAUUACUCUUUAGAAAUCUGAAACUGGAGGAAUGUGUAUUUUAGUAAAGUUUGUUUGUUUAUUUUCCUUCAUGUCUUUCUUGUCAAGAUAGUCCGUGCUUGUGAUUCUUUAUGUGAUGCUGUGUAUGGGCAGUCAGAUCACUGCCCGCCCUUAGCCGUCAUCCUUUCCCUCUUCAUAAGAAAUGCCUUCCAUCUGACCAUCCAGGAGUCUUUUUUUCUCCUCGAAAAUCUUAUCUUCCUCUACUAAGCACUAGGGAGCUUUGAGGAGAGAAAUUCUCUCUGCACUCUGAGGAUACAGCAUUCAAAAUAAAAACUAUUGCUUGAGACAACAAUCCUAUCUACCUAAGUAACAGAUCUGCGGACAAAAGAUGCGAAUUGAUUACAGAUGGUCAUGCAUUUUACACUAUGAAUCUUUAUUGUCCCCCAAGUCCUUUUUGGAAUAAGACCGGGAAUAAAUUAAUUUAAUUUAAUUUCUCUUUUGGCCUUUCUUAUUAAUAGCUAGUGCAGACUAUCCAGAAAAGAAAAAGAGGGGAUGAUACUGCAGUGGCAAAGUCAAUCCCUGUGUGGAUUUCUGUAAUCACAUGGAUUUCUCUUCUAUUCAAGACUGUGUGUUCUAAUGAGAUAUUACAUAGAGAAAUAUCCACUUCUGCAUUGCUUGUCCUCUCCCCAACCUGGUCCCUGGAGAUGAUUGGAGAACAGGGAAAUGGGUCCUGAUUUUUGAUCACUUCGUCCAACCACCCUUCCACCAUCACAAAAGAAAGAAAAACAGGAUUAGAAACUGGAAAAGAACAAAAAAAUCACAGUAAUUUCAUUUGGAAGUAUACUGUUUUCAACUCAAUUCAAUUUACAGAUAGCCUGACAACCUUUUCACAACCUGUUUUUUUAUGCUGCAACUUACAUUCUUGGCUUGGUCUUUAAAAUAAUUGCAAUUUCAAUUAGAUGAAGAGAGGAAAAGCACAGAGGGGGAACCGUCCGUUCUCAGCAUUACCAGAGAACAUUAACACCCACCUCCCCUGACAUUCUUGCCCAUGUAUCAUUACAGCUCCAAGAAUUAGUAAGAUAACUAUACCUCUGUGAGUUAAGACUUCUCUUAGAAUUAUCAAACCCAUCUAAAGAAAUUGUAGAAACCCUUGACUGCUUCCACACCUCAUCUACUCACCAAGGCACAUGAGAGUGUACAGAAAGAUAACAGAAAAUAACAUAAUGGUUCAAAUUGGAGAUGAGAUUUUGCUAUAGUCUAAAGUGCUUUGUGUAUGUUCAGAGCUAGGGGGAUCUUACAAAAACAAAGCUAGGUACUUGGUUCUUAUUCUUCUUGGAACACACCUUGAUUUGGAAUCAGCUGUAGAUUUUUAGAAGAUUCUCGAAGGUAUUUUCUACAAUUCAGCUUCUUCCUUAGUCACAUUGAUUUGAAUGUUGUUUUCCUGAGAGGCCUAUUGAGACAUAAAUUUACAGUAAAUUGAGUCUAUCUAAUUUAAAGUGCUUUUUGUACUUUUGUUGAAAGAACUGUGGUUUUCAGAGUCAAUGAGAGCAAAGUCUCUCUUAAUAAUCCUCAUCAUAUAGCAAACACAGGUGAAAAGUUGAUAUGAUAGGGAAAAUCCUGGGUAAAUUCACACUUUAAAGUCUUUUGGGUGUGCUGACCCCACUAUGCCAAACUUUGUUCCCACAAUCUGUUCUGAACUGAUUCACCAGAGACUGCCAGUUGGCAUGUGUGGGUACAAGCAUUUACAUUCCAGAAAGUGAAGAUAUAGGCAAACUAAAGAGACAGAUUCUUGAGGAUUAUUAUUUCUGCAGAAUUACUCAGUUUUACCACAUCCCAAACUAAUUCCAGUUUCAUCUUAAACAAGAAGUAAGCUCCAUAAGCAGUCCUACCAUGAAUGUGUUCUCUCACUGACUAACACAAGAGGUACAAUGCAGACUCUGACGUUUGGUGUAACCAUUUACUUUUAUAUAUAAUAAUUGUACUUUUGUGUGAGUGUGUCAUUAAGCUAUUUAUACCAAUUUCAAACUACCAUUCUGAGAGGGGCCUUGAGAAUUUCUGUGUUUGUGUGUGUGUGUAUAUAUAUAUUUAUAUAUAUAUAUAUAUAUCUGUUUUAUGUGUAGUCAGGAGAAAAAGUGACAAAAGAGAGGAGUGAAGUGAGGGAAGAGUGGUGGCAGUGCAGUGAGUGCUCCAGGGUCCCUACUCUUGUCAUGUCAGGUGGCUGCUGCCUGUUGCCCUAGAGGAAUAGUUGAUUACACUAUUCAAAGAUAAGAAUCCAGCACUGUUAGAUUUAGGACCCUGUUUUGGGAAACAGAAAAGCUUUAUGUUUUUCUGUACCCAUUCCCCUUAGCAUUGGAGCCAUUUGUCAUGAUGAAAACCAUUAAGUAAAAACCACUACUGAUCUUUGCAUUAAACAGCUAUUUUCCUCUUCUAAAUAACACCCCUGAUUGCAACUCGACUACUUCCCUUUAUUUUCUGCCUAUUUAGCAUAAUGUUUUGCAGAAUAAUACAUAGGUGCAUGCUAGUUGUUUCUCUCCUUUGAGCUGAAACAAACAGGGGUGACAGAAGAAAUGACUCACAGAACUGUGAGGUGAAGAUUGAAUUUCCCCCUUUUGUAGCACUGGUAACCUUUACUAAGAGCUGUUUAAGGUUGAGCUUUGAGUCUGUAAUAGGGCUUUUUUUUUUUUUUUUUUUUUUUUUUUUUGCACUAAGUAUGACUGCACUGCAUUGCACUACUGAAAUGUAUUUACUUGUGCCGGGAGAGAGUGUUUUCGAUAUGGGAAAGAAAGAGGCAAGUUAUGAAACUAGGAGCAUCACAAACUAGAGGGGUAUUUCCAUUGAGCUUAGUCUUAGCAGAGUGGGUGAGAGUCUCCAGCUCUAGACCAGUCUAGAAACUGCCAUGCUAACAGGAUCUGUUUUCUUAUUGUAAAGAAACUGAAUUAGUGCAACAAAUUGAGGACAUUCAAGAAGUUGACCCAACCUAUGUUCUUUCCAAUGAAGCUUUCAGUAAGAGUUGUGAUAAAGAGGGAGCCAGCUGGUAGGGUGUAGAUGUCUUCACCUUGGCCUACACCAUCAAGCCCCUUGCUGGUGCACUUUUCAGUGUGGCAGAGGGCAGUAGUCUGUACCCCUUUUAGAAUCACAUAGCUUUGUCCAUAUUGGAAAUAUCUUUUAAGCCUGAGCAUGUUUUCCAUCCCAGAGUGAAACCUAGAUCAGGCUAACCAAAGAGGAAGGCCAUGCAUGUGGUAAAGUCCUUUCAGAGGACAGUAAGGGAACAGUGCAAUAAACACUGAAAGCCAGUGAGGUGAAAGGCUUCCUUUGAAACAAACAAGGCCACCUUUGAAAUUGGAGGAAAGGUCGGAGGAUUGAUUAGAACCUGCUCACUGCUCCAUCAUAGACUGUCCUUAUUAACCAGAAUACCAUAACAGUGCCUACAAGUCUACAUUUGAAGUUGUUUUUCCCCCUAACUUCUUUGUUGGAUUCAGGUUUUUUUUUACUGCCUUUAUUCAUCUGAGAAGUGAUCAGGGUUUGACAGCUCUUUAGCAACUGUUAAUAAAAGAAUCUUGCACCACAGGAAAAGCAAUAGAUUGUGUGGGAAUAAUAACACAAGAGUGAAGAUGCUGAGAGACUCUUCCAGAAUCUAAGGUGACAGCUUUGAAAAUUCUGAUUUGGUAAAAAAGGAUCACAACCCUUAGAAAUAGCUAAUGUUGACUUUUUCUGAACACUAUCACGUGGAUUUGGAAAAUUGUCAGUUGAGGCCUCUCUCUGAAGAUUGUAACAUUCAUAUGUAUCUCCUUCUCUCACCUCCUUAACAUCUGUCCAAGUCUACUAGUCUAAGUUAAAAAAAAUUUUAAGGAAGUCAUUAACCUUCUAGUUUGACAAAUGCCAUUUAGAAUUUUCAGAACUAACACAACCCCUCUAGCACUCAAAAGCAUUAUCUCCACUUUAAAUAAACAACUAAAUAUACAGCUCUAACAGUCCUUAGCUAUGUGUCUUGGGUAAGAGGUCAUUGACUACAUCAAACCAAAGCUAUAGAAAGAAAUGAUUGCCCCUUUAAAAUAAGCUCACAGUAACCAUCCUAGGAGACUUCUUUUGAGGCUUUGGAGUUGGGGGAGGGCAGCUGUUUUCUGGAAAUUUGCAUGCCUACUCCAGCUCUGUCACCAAAGAUUUUCGAUCUCCAGGGCCCAACUUCCACUCUCUCAAACAAAAGUGCUAUAACAGGAUCAAGGGAUAUGGUUUUGGUUUCAGCAGUCAAGAGUUGACACUCUGGUUUUCCUUCUGUUCACAGCAGUAUUUCCAGGAGACCUUGCUAUUAGAGGAGCUGUUGAACUAUCUGUAUGACUUAGGGUUUUGUCAGAUGUUUGAAAAAUAGGGGAAAAAAUACACAGCAGUAUUUGACACUGCAAAUUAUCUUUAAUGGAUUUGACCUGGAGACUGAUGGAGAGAAAGAAACUUCCAUGGAAGAGAGUGAGCUAAACCAUUUAGAACCAAACAGGGAUCAUUGGUGAAUUAUGGGGCAGCAUGCACACAAGUGCAGAUCAGGGUUCUGAGUGGCCAAAGCUAACAGCAAUGGCUGGAGGGGAGUCAGACAUGUCUUCUAGCCAGUGAUCCAAGACUAGAAAAAGCCACAGUCUGGGUUUCGUUGUGCUUGCUGGAGUGGAUGAAAUGCCCAUGUUCAUGGCAAGGAAAAUGCUUGGAGGCUGACCUGUUGUGAUAGUGCCUUUCUUGUUAUAGUGAGUGCUAAUUUAAUAAUUUAUUCAGUUAUGCUUUUCUGGACCAUUGCCCCCAGUCUUCUGAAGAGGUCGAAGGGAUAGCAUCCCCUUAGGUUGAUGGGAUAGGAUAUUGCUCCUGGAAUGCUGUGAUUUGAUGAUAUUUGCACUAGAUUCUAAACUCUCCUUUAAACUGGAGCAAACUGAAUCAGAGAAAAACCAAGGACAGCUCAAAGUUAAAAGAAACCAAAUGCAGUAUUCUCUAAUGCCAUUUCUUUUUAUUCUUUUCUUCUUUCUUUUUUUAAAUAUUUCUUUAUGAAUUUGAAAGGCAGAGUUACAGAGAGGAGGAUUGGGGGGAGAGAUGGAGAGAGCAAUCUUCCAUCUGCUGGUUCACUCCCCAGAUGGCCAAAAUGGACAGAGCUGGGCAUAUCCAAAGCCAGAAGCCAGGAGCUUCUUCCAUGUCUCCAAUGUGGGUGCAGGGGCCCAAGCACUUGGGCCACCUUCCACUGCUUUCCCAGAUGCAUUAGCAGAGAGCUAGACUGGAAGAGGAGCAGCCAGGACUCAAACUAGUGCCCAUGUGGGAUGCUGAUGCUACAGCACCAGCCCCUCUUUUUUUCUGAAAGAAUACUUUACAUUUGUUGGUUAUCAAGUUCAAUUCUUACCAGUUCUUUUCCUUCAGUUUUUCUUCCAUGCUGAACCAUCAGUGUGACUUAAACAUCGAUCAGGGAGAGUUAAUGUAAAGAGCCUCUGCCAUCUCUGCCUCCUCAAGGGUACCUAACCAUGCACAGUGGGGGUGAGGACCCUCCAGAGCCACCCACCUGUUACAGAGGCCACUAAACGACCCUAUCACUUAGAGAGCUGAACUGACACACAUUUAGACAGAGGAUACCUGUAGCUCACCCAAAAGGUUGCUCAGAAAAGAGAAGGGAAGGAAUGUGUUGAAGAAAUCAAAGGGAGGUGGCACCCAAAGUUUGUCUCUCUCUCCUCUUUCUUCUCUCUCUUUAUAUUUCAUCUCAUAUGUAUUACCAGAAAAAUCAUCUGGUUCCUUGGUUUCUCUCUUUGAUCAGUGGGCUGGGAACUCCUCCAAAAUGAAAAAACAAGUACCACAGCAGCUCCCCUGUGCCAGCAGUUUCUCAGACGCUCUGCACCGGUGUUGACCGGUCAUCUAAGAUAACUUGGAAGCUCUGGCUGCCUCAGCCACCUGUCCACUUGAUUCUCAUUUUGUUUCCAUUUCCAUUUGAAUUUUGAGUGAGGCAAAAGAAAGGUGGAAAUCCUGGGGAAGGUUUGGAGGCUGCAAUUCUAGGGCAUAGCUUUUCAGGAGUUUAUAUGAUCCAUAAUAUGUCCUUCUACACCCGUUUUCAGUUUAAUCAAUUGCCUUGAUUUUAGUUUCUAUUGCAUUUGUGGCUAUUUUUUAUAAGAAUUUAGUCCAUUUCCUGUAUCUAUUUGAGUUCUUUUUCUAUUUUUCCCACAUGGAUGCAGUACCAACCUGUUAAUGAAAUAUCCUUUUAGUAUAUUAUUAAUAUGUAAUUCUACUGUAGACCAAAAAUAUAAAAACAAAUUUGUUCAUUUUAAAAAUAUAAAGAACUAGUGAGUACAAGAUUCAGAGUUGAAGGAAAAGACAGAAGAGCAGUGAUUAGCUAUGUUGAGUUAGAAAUCUGAGAGUAGCCUUACCUAUUUUUAAACCAGUGCUUGCCAAUUGUACUAUAGUUGGGAUUAUAUUAUCUUGGCUCCUUCAUGCUUAUGUCCUAUAAUUCUUGUUUGUUUGUUUUCUUUGAUGUAAUUGAGGUUGCACAUCAUGCUAUUUUUGGCAAUGCCUGAUUUUAUUAUAUUGUACUUUUAUCAGUCAUUUCCUUUAGAAGGAUGGGGGAAAAGUUUUAUUUCUUUUUUUAAUUUAAAAUUUGUUUAAUGCACUGGAAAUAAGAUUGGACACAUUUCACUGUUUAAAAAUCAGAAACAAAACAAAACAAAUACCACAAAGAAAAAAACCAGCAAGCAAGGAAGGAACAGGAGAAAAAGGGUAUGAAAAAAAAUUCAUGUGUACUGAAUACACUGUACAGACUACAACCCACCUGAAAGAUGAAUAUCAUCAAGUGAGAAAGAUAAAUAACUUAAGCAACAAUGAUGAAAAGAUAAUCAGUUGGGGUUGAGAAUAUAAGCAAUUCCUUUGAGACCAGAGAUCUUACCAUUAUUCCAAUUAAAGAAUGCCCAAGUAGGUUAAAUGUGGAAGAGACAUAGAAGAAAUAGCCCCAGCCAUCCUCAUACCAUUGGAAUGAGCUCCAGACCAUAUCAUUAGAAUGAGCUCUAUUUUGAAGGGGGGGGGGUAUAUAUAUACACACACAUGUACACUGUGCUUGAGAAGGUGGUUUGUAAAGAUGUCUGUAUGCAGUACACAUGUGAACAAGCUUUAGUUCUCUGACUGCCCGUGUGCUGUCUCGCAUGUUUCUCUUCUAGUGAAGAUUUGCAAUGGGUGGCAGCCCAAUGUGGGAGACCAUAGAAAACUCAUCGGGCACCAAUAUGUACUAAAAAAGCUCAUGACUCCAUUAUGAUCUUUCUCCUUGAGCAUUCCCCAGUACCAAAAGGGCCAGUUAACCCCUAAAAUGCACAGUGAGAGGAAGACAGAGCUGUUUUUCCUAGCCAACUCUCUCUAUCACUUGUUUGAUGUUUGCUGGGUUUUUCUGGUUUUGUUUUGUUUUAGAGUAGGGGAGGGAGUGGAUGUAACUUCACAAUCCAAUACAGUAAUUGUUUUGCAUCUUCCAUGUUUUAUGCAAAAACAGACAUUUAAAUCAAUAAAUAAUUGUGCCCUAGACUGAAAGUUAAUGUUUAGGAGAGGAAAAAAAUUGUUGGAAUUUUUUCUACAUUUUUUUGUGAAGAAUCUUUUUUGGAAAGGAAGGAUACAUAUUUUUGUUGUGUAAUAUUUUCUAUUUUUGAAUGCAUUUUAUUGGUACAAGACUGUUUUUUUGGUGAAGACAUUAUUUAAAAAAAAAGAAAAAAAACUAAUCGAAAAGUUUGCCCUUAAGGAUAUGCUGCAGUUUUGAGGUUAAAAAAAAAUAACUGAUUCAAGAUGCGUGUUAAAGUUGGGAUUAUAUUGUUGUUUUUUGUAAUUGUUACAAGAAGAAGUUUGUACCCACUGCUGUUUAUUUUGUUUCAGAUGAGUAAGUAAAGGGAUUGUUCUUGUUUUAUUCUUUUUUUAGAGAAAAAAAGCUAUUUAUGAAAUGUCAAAAACACUGGACUGUGAGUUUAAGUGUGGAAGCAUUUUACCACCCUGUGUCUUCAAACAAUUAUGGGAACCCCUUUUCUCUUCCCCCCUGCCUUAGCCUUGCCAAAUGAGAAAAAUACAACAGCCGUCAGACGAUCGAAGCCACCGAAGCCCUGCUUUAAUUUUUAUGGUUUGAACAAGUUGGAAAACCAAAGUUAAAUUUGUUUCUGAAACCCCGCUGUCUGUAGCCCUGUUGUGUAGGACACAGCCAGUGAGCCCUGCCUCUCCAUCUUGGAUCAUUGCCUUCUUAAGGACUGGGGGCCAACUCUGAUGCAAAGAGAGGCAUCCAGGUGGGGAGCCUGAGAGCUGAGAUCUCAUGAAGGAAGAUGUGAGUGGGACCUCAGCCUCUCGGCGCAACCACGAUUCCCUAGCCCAAGGCCAGGAGAGCCCACUGCUGACACCUGCUUUGUGUAGACCCUGCUGUGAUCCUGGCUCUCUAGGAUGGCUCUGCCUCUCUCAGAAGCCCACACAUUUCCAUGGAUGGCAGGGAGCAGGGAUCCAAAUGAAAGAAGAGGCUGUGGGUGCUCUGAUGGCACCCCCAGCCCUCGGGAAGGCAGGGCAAGGGACCACUUGGCACAAGGGACCUUGCCUGCCUCAUCUUGGACUCUGUGGAUUGUCCAUCUGUCUGCUCACUGUGAAGAUGGACAGGCAGGGUGCCCUGAGGCUGUCCAAUAGCUUUUCCAUAUUUUUUCAACAAUGAAAAAAUAGUUUUUAAAAACUGUGAUAUUUUUUUAAAAAUCAUUUGGCUGGAGGGAAGGGAAAAGGGAGACACCAAAAGCUGUAACAUGAUUAACUGGAGAUAUUAACUGGGGCACUGUCUACACCGAGACUAAGGAAUUCCUUUCUGGACCCUACAGCAGCCAAACUUGAGACUGUCAAUGACAGAAAGCUGAAGAGAGGCCUCCAUUUCUUCCUUUCUCCUUUCUUCUCUCUAUUUCAAAAUUCUCUCUCGUUCUCUUUUCCAAGCCCCAUUGGACUAUGGUCCCAGUGGCCCCUGGGACUCCCAUUUCAUGUGUUUUGAGCACACACACACACAUACACACACACAAAGUUGGAAAAUAUAAUUUUUUUCUCAAAGAUUGUGGGACCGAAUAAAAUCAUGUGCCUUCAUUUUUUCCUUUUGUAGUUAGAUGAACCUCUUCCUUCUUACAAUCGUGGCUUUUUCUUUGUUUAACAUAGGGAAGGUUGAGGUGUUAGUAGAGGACUUGGGCAUCAUUUGAGAAGCAAUUUUUGUUGUUUAGCACAUUCCCCAUGAUCAUUAAACACACAUUUCAACCCCUUCACGAUGCUCUUUGGACAUCUGGAGCAUCAAGUAGCCAGACGCAUGAUAGCCUAAAUCCACGUGAUUUUAGAGCAGUUCCUGAAAAUUCGAUUUCAUAAACUUCUUUGGUUUUAUCAAAAAUGUGGUGAGCAUUGGCUAGCAGCCUCGUUCGCCCGUUUUGGUGCUUUUGCUUGUGGUGUGGGGUGGGCAUGGGUGGGGGGUGGGGUGUGUCCAGACAAAGGGUGCAUUCCUAAAGAUCUCUGGUGCUGCAGGGCCUCUGGUUCCUUUCAGAGACUGCAUUUGACACACUGUAAGUACACACAGAUGAAUGGUAUCACAUGCAAUAGUUUAAGGGAGCAGUGGAAGCGGCUCUUUGAAAUGGGGUUUUGCAUCUUUUUGUACCAUUUUGAUUUCUCUGGUGCCUUAUUCCUACUCAAUGCUGGCACUCACAUACCCACAGGAACCUGACACAGAAGUCAGCCUCGGGAGUGGGGACGUCUGGGUGACGCUUGAGCACGCAGGGGCCACAGGGGGUUGGUGUCAGUUGGUGGGGAAGAGACUAGAUGACAUCUCUGGAACCCAAGCAGGGACUGCACAAAUCCAACACAAAGUGAGCAAUCCUGAUAGGAAAACACACAACAAAUUCAUUCUCCCCACCUGAGCUCUCCUUCCUUCUUCCUUUUCUAUCUCCACCUUCUCAUAAAGGUGCUGCUGCUGCCGCUGCUGCUAAGGUGCCCGGGGUCCAGAAUGCCCAGUAAUCACUCAGGCACAAGCCUGGCACUGCCACAUCAGCCCCUGGCACGACCAAACCCAGGUUUCUCUUGCCUGGGGCUGAGAACUGUCAGAUUUUUCUCAUCAAAAAUGUUUUCCAAGGAAUCAAUGGAUUACAGUUAUUCUGCAUUGAAAAUGCACUUUAAAAAAAUAAAUAAAUAAACGCUCCAGACUGUUUAAAAUAUACAGAGGGAGCAGGGGAAAGAUAAAUACGUGCUAGUGUCUGAACCCAGUUCAGUUUAUCUCCAGUUGAAACAAUAUACACUAUAUUAUGUAUAAAUGUAUACACACUUCCUAUAUAUAUCUACAUAUAUAUGUAGUGUAUAUAUUAUACAUGUAUAGGUGUGUAUAUGUGCAUAUAUACACACAUGCACAAAACAACAUCAAAUGCUCAUUACAAAUCCAGAUACCACCCAAACAGCAGCAGAGGAAACAAGGUUGGACUCUUGCAACAGAUCACAAAAAAUAAAAACAGCCACUUGCAGUGACUUUGGUCAUUUCUGUAUGUUCAAACGGAAUGGAUCGUAACAAGGAAAAAAGGAACAGUGUUAGUGAAAGAGGAAAAAUGGGCGAAACCAUCUUGAUCCAAUGGGAAUGCAGUAAUGUUCUAGAUCAUUUCAUCAGUUCUUUCUUUUAAUCAUCUUGAUUUGAUUUCAGUUUUUGGCUAUUAAAAAAAACCAGUUUUUUAAACUCAAGUGACCACAACAAAGUAAACAAAACAACAACAGUGAAAGCCUUUUCAGUGGAAGAUGUCAGAAAUCUCAAAACCCUUGGCCUGACUCAGAACUACCAUGUGCAGAUCAGUACUCUCUUACUGUUUGAAAUAAAAACUGAAAAAAAAAAAAAAACUUUUUUGAAGCACCUUAAUGUGGCCAUCCAUUUGAGGAGUGGGUGCCACUUUUUUCUUUGAGCACCUUAUUGACGUGUUUUGCUAUCUGCUGUCUUUCUGUUACCUGUUGGCUGAAUGGCUAGCUGUUAACACGCACAUGUGCGCAGACCAGACAUCUGGGCACGUGUGUUCUCAAUGAAGUUUACUGUGGUGACUGCUGAAAGGUGAACCCAUUUCCUGAUUUUCCCGCCACAGUGUUGUGAUAAGAUUCAAAGAAACCCCUUCCCCUGCACAGAACUGUUUCUUAUCACAUUGUAUCUUAGUAUGGAAAGGAAUAUGGUCCCUUUUUUGCAAUUGCUACUGUGUACACACACACACACACACACAGUGUAUAUUCAGACCUAACACACACACACCCCCAUGCAUAUUCAUUCAUCCUGAUGGUAUUUCCAGUGUCUGUGUGUGUGUGUGUCCUUGUUGAUGCAGCUUCCAUUUCCCAGUGACUUUGGGAUGGAGGGCAACUUUUCUAAUGGCUGUCUUUGCAAACCGAAGACCUGGGAUUUGGGGAAGAGUUUGCAAAGAGGGAAGAGGCAAGGAAAAAGAAAGCUUUAAACUGAAAGGGUCAUUUCCCAAGAGGAAACUGGGCUGAAUGACCGCAGAGACUCUACCCUCCAGUCUUGGUAGGUGGGCGUGGAACGCUGCGUGUAUCACUUUGUGUUCCGUGUCUGUCCACAUACACACGAACACACCCAUCCAUCCGUCAAUAUAUACAUGGUUUGGGAUGAGCAGGUCAAUAGUUUUGAGAGAGAGUUUGUUCCUUUUUUUUCUCAGUAUACUCUUAAAUUGUUGUCAGUUAUCAAACAAACAAGCAGAAAAAUUGUUUUGAAAAACCUUGCAUACGCCUUUUCUAUCAAGUGCUUUAAAAUAUAGACUAAAUACACACAUCCUGCCAGUUUUUUCUUACAGUGACAGUAUCCUUACCUGCCAUUUAAUAUUAGCCUCGUAUUUUUCUCACGUAUAUUUACCUGUGACUUGUAUUUGUUAUUUAAACAGGAAAAAAACAUUCAAAAAAAAAAAAGAAAAAUUAACUGUAGCGC